AUGGCGGGCUCAGAAGACAUCACCGACUUUGACGUGAUUGAGAAUCAGAAGGAGAAUAUCCAGUCUCUACCUGGGGGCCGCUCAGCGAGGAAACUAGCCAGUCUAUUCUCCCCAUCACCUCUACACAAAUACUCGACACCGACACCGACCGACACGAAAAAUGUCAACGACUGCAUCCGCGCGGAAUAUGAGGCGGAAAUUGAGAACAUCUCCGAAUCCGACGAUCCCUUAGAUGUAUUUGACAGAUAUGUGCGCUGGGCAAUAGACGCAUAUCCAUCAGCACAAGCGACGGCCGAGUCACAACUUCACACGAUCCUAGAACGCGCGACCAAGGCGUUUGUCACCUCGUCUCAAUACAAGAACGACCCCAGAUACCUCAAGCUGUGGAUGUACUACAUCCAACUGUUUUCCGACUCACCACGUGAGACGUUUCUUUUCCUCUCUCGACAAGGAAUUGGCGAAAGCCUCGCAUUGUUUUACGAGGAGUACGCGGCGUGGUUAGAAGGAGCAGGCCGGUGGGCACAAGCAGAGGAGGUAUACAAGCUCGGGAUUGAGCGAGAGGCCCGGCCUGCUCAGAGGCUGUUGCGCAAGUUCAAGGAGUUUGAGGCGAGGGUCGCUCAGCAGCCAGGCGCAUUAGAAGGACCAUCUUCGCCAGCCUUGCCGACUGUCCGCCCCGCGCUGGCCAGUAAGACAGACCCCUUCAGCGCCUCAUCACAGCCAGCAGACCCUCAGGCUCCAAGGCAAACAAGCGGUAUUGGGGGCAGUUCAUCCCGGUCUGCAAAGUCCAAAAUGGCCAUCUUCUCCGAUGCGGAUGCUCAACAACCCGCCCUGUCAUCAAGAGGCGCUUCUUCCAAGGGCUGGGAUAGCAUUGGAUCUCUGACGGAUCGCAAAAAGGAAAAUGCGAUGGAACCAAAGCCAUGGGCUGGAGAGACGCUCAAGGCAGGCGGCAAGAAACCCGGGUCUGGGGGGACUAAGCUGGCCGUAUUCAGGGAUCCGUCUCUUGCUCAAAUACAAAAUAUCAUUGUUGUCCCGUCCCAGCACCAAGUAACGACUCAUCCGCAGACGGGAAAGAGAGAGCGCAUCUUCGUUGACCUCGCGGCCGUUUACCCUACCCCAGAGGAGCCUGGAACAGAACUAAGCUUCGAGGAAAUCAUUGCCGAGCAUCGUGGCUGGCUCAACCGCCUGUGGGAUACUGACUAUGCGAACAAUAAUAACCGUCUAGAUCCCAUGGUGUCUCUACAUGAGGUGGAGGAUUUGACACAGGAUACAACUGAUAAGCUGGCUAUUUACGAUGACCCAAUGAUCAUUGACGAGAAUGGCAUGGCACAGGAAAAACCGCGAGAACCUCGCGCAGGCAGAAAAAAGAAGACAAUGGAGGUCAAUGAGACGCAGAUCAUUAAAACGAAGUUCGACUCUCCCUCAGGACCAAAGAUCAAGAAAAAGAAGGCAGCGGAGCCCACGAUGACCCUUCACACAAGAGCAGCCACAGAUGAUAUUUACGACAUUUUCAACGCACCACUUAAACCUACACCUCUGGAAGUCGACGAUGAUGAAGACGAUGAUGAAGACUCCGACGACUCCGACGAUGGGGAUGAUGACGAGGACGAAGAAAUGACUGACGCCGACUAUGUAAGCGACGCUGAGAGCACCGCCACUACGAGACCGAUACACCAAGGUAAGCAGGAAGUCGAUGAAGUAUUGGACGAGGCAUCACACAACCUAGACGACGACUUUGAGGAUGAAGAACCAGAACUGCCUAGAACUCGGACCAUCUUCAUUCCCGUCCCUCCCGAAGAUUAUGAGCCACCAACACGCCCGUAUAGGGAUGCGGCAGAGAUGGCCAAUAAUCGACUACCUUUCAUGACGCCCAUCACCGAGAGAACCGAACCAUCAUUGGAUGUCACUAUGGAUCGAGCAUACCAAUUCAAGACUCCUAGCAAGCUUGAUGGUAGAGCCAUGUCCGUCGAGGAGGCGUCAGACUCAGAAUCAGAGAGCAGUUCUCUGAGAGAAUAUUUCCCAGGAGAGAGACCGUCUAUCCAAGGUCGAACACCUCUAGGGUCCAAGGCUUCUAGAGCACUAAGUAAGAGUGCCCCCAAUAGAGGUGUACCUGUCAAGGACCCCAUCGUUAAAGAAGCACAAUGCAGCCCCGUCGACGACAACAUUCGGCGAAAUAUCUUGACAAAUAUACAGCCUCCGCUGGCAAUGUAUCCCGGUUUCUACGAUCAUCACAACCAGAGAUAUGAACGUGGUGCAGAGAUCCGAAGAUACGCCAAAGCCGUCAGGCUAGGCAGAGCGAAUCCAGAUAAAGUUGGACCGGGUAGCCCCCCGGCGGUCAUCCGAUUCAUCGACUGCGAGGCUAGAUACACUGUGAGGAGGGAACUUGGCGCUGGCGCUUUUGCCCCUGUUUACCUGGUGGAAAACUCGGAACCGGAUCAACAGGAUGAUGGCUAUGGAGAUGGAGCCAGGAUGGGUAGGGGGGCAUUUGCCGUGAGCCGGCGAGCGGCAAUAGAAGCCCUGAAAAUGGAAUCUCCUCCGACGGCGUGGGAGUUUUACAUUAUGCGUACUGCUCACUUACGCUUGGGACCUCAGCAUCGAGCUACGGCAUCAUUAUCGUUUGCACACGAAAUGCACCUCUACCAAGACGAAGCUUUCCUCUUCCUGCCAUUUCAUCCUCACGGCACGUUACUCGACGUAAUCAACUUCUUUAGAGCAGAACCGUCAGGUGCCAUGGAUGAGCAGCUUGCCAUGUUCUUUACGAUUGAACUGUUCCGCACCGUCGAAGCUCUUCACUCGAAAAAUGUCCUCCAUGGUGAUCUGAAACCCGACAACUGUCUUCUCCGACUCGACUCCAAGCCGUCAUUUGUCUCCUCCGACCAGGCCCUCUCUAGCCAAUGGUAUGCUGAUGGACGCGGCGGCUGGGAUUCGCGGGGCAUCGUUCUGAUUGACUUUGGGCGCGGCAUCGACAUGAAGGCAUUUAUCCCAGACGUGGAAUUUAUCGCGGACUGGAAGACGACGGCACAAGAUUGCCCCGAAAUGCGAGAGGGGCGGCCUUGGACGUGGCAGAUUGACUAUUACGGACUCGCGGGCAUCGUCCACUGCCUGCUUUUCGGAAAGUACAUUGAGACGAUACGGGCUGAUCAGGGGGGUCUCGGCCGUGGUGGCCGAAAGUACAAGAUUCGCGAGAACUUGAAGCGCUACUGGCAGACGGACAUUUGGUCGGAUUGCUUCGAGGUGCUGCUAAACCCGGCGUCGUUCCUCGCGCAUGAGGAUGGCGGCAAGAUGCCUGUGCUCAGGUCGAUGAGGAACAUCCGCGAGCGAAUGGAGGCGUGGCUCAUGGCCAACUGUGAAAGGGGGACGGGACUCAAGGCUGCGAUGGGUAGGGUGGAGGCGUUUGCCUUGAAGAGUCGCAAGUAA